ACAACAACAAAAGGUUCGUGUUCAUAACACACUACGUCAUAAUCAAAAUGGGAACCUCUUUCAAGAAAUAGGAUUACAACAUUUCUUCUUUCGGCUAUUCUUGAGCUUUUACGUGCGUACUGAGUGAUGCGUGACCAUGACUCCUUCUCAAACUAUGGAUAGUGCUGGCUGAAUCGACUGCGAUGAAUCCAGCAGUUCUAAGACAAGAUCCAUGCGACUAGGUCUCGAAGGAUGACCAUGGAUGAAUUUCACCCGUUCAUUGAGGCCCUACUGCCGCAUGUGAAGUCAUUUUCUUAUACCUGGUUUAACCUUCAAGCUGCCAAGCGCAAAUAUUUUAAAAAACAUGAAAAAAGAAUGUCAAUGGAGGAAGAAAGAAGGGUAAAGGAAGAACUUCAGAAUGAAAAACCUGAAGUAAAGCAAAAAUGGGCAUCUCGUCUCUUGGCCAAAUUGCGGAAAGAUAUUACUCAAGAAUGUAGAGAAGAUUUUGUUUUAAGCAUCACUGGAAAAAGGCCGCCAGUGUGUGUAUUGUCCAAUCCUGACCAAAAAGGGAAGAUCCGACGAAUAGACUGUCUCAGGCAAGCUGACAAAGUGUGGAGAUUGGAUCUUGUUAUGGUCAUCCUCUUUAAAGCAAUACCUUUAGAAAGUACAGAUGGUGAAAGGCUGGAGAAAUCACCUGAGUGUAUGCAUCCAAAUUUGUGUGUAAAUCCACAUCAUAUCAGUGUAUCUGUGCGAGAACUAGAUUUAUACUUGGCAAACUUUAUUCAUAGUUAUGUUCCAGAUUCUCAUUCAGAUUACAGUGAAGUGCCAAUGAAUGGAGAUCAGGACAUCAAAGUUCCAGGUAACAUUCAUUCAGGGGUGUCUGGAAAUGACAGCAUUAUGGCAACAGGUGUAUUUUCUGCUAAGGAAUUGCUGAGAGUUACAAGAUCUUCAAUAAUGUCACAUCAAAAUGGAAAUCAUGGCAUGAUGGUGCAGAACAAAAUGGAUAGCCCCAGUUACUACAACUACAGCCCACAAUCAGAAUCUGCACUGGUCAAUAUGCAUGCUGGCAUGCCGAAUGGCCAGCCAACCCUCAGUCCUGCUGCGGGAAAUCCACAUAAACGAUUGAAACGCACAACUAUGAGCUCCAUUUCAUCUGCAGAAGAUGAUGUUGAAAGUGUUGGUGAAGAGGCAGAAACUAUAAACCAAUACUAUGCCAAACCAGCAUCAAGUAUUGGCCAGCAAGCUUCCUGGCAAAGUGAUCAUGUGGAUUCAGGUUUACAAGAAUCGAUGAUAAUGAGUUCCAGUCAGACGGGCCAUGUGGGACACCCUAAUACCAUGAAAUACCAAGAGAAUCAUGGCAGUGAUACUUUUUCUGACUUUGUUACAUUGGUUUGCCAGGAGGCUCAAAAUUCCCAAACUCAAUCCAGUCCAUCUACACCACCAAUGAAGAGUCCUACAAAACUACCCCAAUUCUUUGCACCAGGAAUGUUGCCACCGCCUCCACCACCACCACCAAACCUUGCUAGGCCAGUUGCUAUUCUCCGUACAUCUGACGGACAGGCUGUGAUCAGCAGCAGUUCUCCAGUAUCAAGCUCUGUAACAAGUACCAGUAUCUCUACAGCUAACAGUCCCAGUAUUGUAUCCAGCUCUCCAGGCACUCCACCUGUAAACAGAACCAUUAUGUCUAGUCCUUUUACUGUUUUGUCUCGUCCAGAACACGCCUUUGCACAUAUACAUCCUCAGGGUCAUCAGGUGUUUACCUAUCCCAGCAUUAGUCCAGUAAAUGCCAUAAGUGGAGUGAUCAGCCCAACUACUCUUAGCCUGAUAGCAUCGCCUGUAGCCACGCCACGCACAACUCCUCGCUCAACACCAAUACCUCGGUGGACCACACCAUUUAUCCCUUUGGAUGAAAAUAUGGACUACAAUAUGUUGGCUAACAUAAUGCCAACAGUGAACCCAGAUGAAGGACUUUUGAAUGAAGAACGAUUCUUCCCAGUGGUACACAAUAGUGAAGGUAUGGAAUCAGGUGGUAGCAGUGGCAGCUCAGGUUCUUCACACCAGCAUCAGCAGCAGCAGCCGCCACCACCACAACCUGCCCAGGCGGGUCAGCACUCCAGUCCCCACACGUCUAGUGUAGUACCUCCAUCAGCAGCACCCCCUUCCCCACAUAAGUCUCAAGCACAUGAGCAGACUUGAUCAAUAUACCUCUCGCCAUGAGGCGAAUUUUAAAGGAAUGCAAAGGCACUGAAAGUGCAUGCUUGGCUGUGAUAGCAUUGUUUGUUACAAAUUGUACAUUGGUGUGUUCCAACAACAAUAACAUAUUGGUGUUGUAUGUUACUAUUAUUAUCAUUAUUAUGAUGACUAUUAUUCUAUAUAGUUACCCAAUUUUAUUCUUUCCUUGUUCAAGAAAGUUGUUUUUAAGACUUACAAGAGAUUUGUGAAUGGAGUAUUUAUAAACAGGAAAGUGUAAGACACAGAUGUUGUAUGAGAUUCAACUCCAAACACUUCUUCAUAUUUAACUGAUUUUAUUUUAUUUGCCCAUUUGAGCAGCUGUGAUGUUUUAUACUUGCAUGUUUGAGUAUUAAAGCUGUGCUUCCAUAACUAUGCAGUUUCGAAGGUCUUAAUGUGUAUAGUUAAAAGGUUACUUUUCUAUGUUGUUCCAUUUGUCAAUGACACAUUAGGAUGUUAUGCAAUGCAACUUUUCAUUUUUGUAAUCUGUUAAUAUUAAACCAACAGAGAAAGUU